GUUUUAUUUAUUGCUAAUGAGUAGUCCUUUCGUUAUGCUGCAAUUACGCAUUUUUUCAUGUUGUAAGCCGCCUUGAGCAUGGUUUGAACUGUGGAAAGGCGGCAGACAAAGAAAAGUAUGUACAUAUGCAUGUAUGUGGCGGUUCACAAUAACACUGCGUCAGAGGGUGAAAUGGGCUGGCCACGGCUUCUCAAUAAACCAGCCUCAGCAAAAACCGUUUAAGGCGCCAUUGCGCGCUUCCUCGACCCGCCAACUUCCGCCAUCCCGUUUAUCUGGCGAGAGCGAGAUGCAUGCUGGGAGUUGCAGUUUAUGCGGAAGGACUACUGUGGCGCAUGCGCCGACAAAGAAACCCUACCAAGAGGUCGCUGUGCGCACUAGACAGGUGUGGAUGCUGGGCCAGCUGCAAAUACCCCUUCUGGUGGGUCUCAAGCCAAGCUGGCCACAGCUGGGGAGCCACCACUGGAAGAAGUUAGGGUCCAGGUGUGUGUCCCACCUGAGCGGGGCCAUGAGGCUGGUCCAGUUCCAUCCUAAGGAGUCUGCGGCAGAGCCCCGGAUCGGGCUGGAGAAGGAUGGAGGGGAUGUGGUGGACCUGAACGCCUUUGACGCCUCUCUGCCCAGCAACAUGCGUGCCUUCUUGGAAGGAGGAGAUGCAGCCCUUGCUGUUGCUAAAAGAGCGCAGGAGUCUGGCCAGCAUGUCCUUCCGCGAUCCAAGGUGACCCUGUUGGCUCCUGUCACGAACCCAGACAAGGUGAUCUGUGUUGGGAUGAACUAUGUGGAUCAUUGCCUGGAGCAGAAUGUCAAGAUCCCCAAGGAGCCCAUAAUCUUCAGCAAGUUCAGCAGCUCCAUCGUGGGUCCCUACGACGACAUCAUCCACCCAGCAGAGAGCGAACAAGUGGACUGGGAGGCGGAGCUGGCCUUCAUCAUUGGGAAGAAAGGAAAACACAUCCAGGAGUCAGAUGCAAUGAGCCAUGUAGCCGGGUUCACCGUUGCCCAUGAUGUGAGUGCCAGAGACUGGCAGAUGCAGAAAAAUGGAAAGCAGUGGCUUCUGGGGAAGACCUUUGACACCUUCUGCCCCCUGGGACCAGCCCUUGUCACCAAGGAUUCCAUCUCAGACCCCCACAACCUGGGCAUCCGCUGCCGAGUGAAUGGGGAGCUUGUCCAGAACAGCAGCACCAGCCAGUUGAUAUUCAAGACGGAGGCCCUUGUUGCAUGGGUUUCCAAGUUUGUCACCCUGUACCCAGGAGACGUCUUCCUCACGGGGACUCCCCCGGGUGUUGGAGUUUUCCGGAAGCCCCCCAUCUUUCUGAAGGAGCUGCUGUAAUUCUGUUGUACCACAGAGGGGAGAUGAAGUGCAGUGUGAGAUCGAUGAGUUGGGAACUAUCCGAAACAAGGUGGCGUGAUGGCAUCCUGCUGCAUCCAUUCCGGUCCCCUGGCUCUGCACAGCUGCAACUGCUCUACUUGAGUCUCCUAACCAAAUCCAAUCAUGAGUAGAGAUUAAGGGAUUUCUGGAAUUAAGGGAACGGGGAUGAGACUUCCCAGGAGUCACAAGAAGACGGAGCCUGAAAAACUGGUUCAACAGCACUGCAAUUCCUGGGCACCAUCUCAAUGAAGAGACAUGAAGGUGAGCCUGAGUCUUGCCUUUCCUCUGCCAACCAGAAGUAAGAGGGAGGUCAUUCAUCGUCUCUGGUACAAAACAGGCUACAGUGGGUGGGUUUCCCCUUUGUAUUACAGAACUCUCUAGAUUGUUCACUUACAAUAAAGCAGCUACAGUACUAUCAAACUAAUUGGGGGUUUGAAUUAACUAGACAUACAACUUUUUUUUACAGCACGGAAUUUUGAUUCAUGGGCCACAGGUUGAAAUAUCUCACAAAGGGCCUGGAGGUGUUUGACCAAUAGCUGUGCAAGGAAGGGUCCCUUCUUCACAAGUAGAUAUACGGUAGCUAUUCUGUGCUCGGUAUGGUUCUGGCAGAGGGUUCCCAGCUACGAGGGGGACAGGGAAGUCUGAGGAAGACUUGCUGUAUAGUCCUUGGAAUACCUAAAGUUUGGUAACUCUUGGUAAUCACAUCUGAAUACCGGCAAUUUCAAAUGCAUAGCAAUAGAUAUUUCCCUAUUUUGUCAACCUUCACUAGCAUAUGUCCAAAACAACAUUUAAGUUACUAGCAACAUGCACUGGUGGUGUGCUUUGCAUGCAGAAGGUUCAAUCCCCAGCACCUCCGACUAGAACUAGAAGAAACCUUUGUCUGAAAUUCUGGAGAGUUGCUGCCAAAGAGUGUAGUCUUCCUGAGCGAGACAGACCAACAGUCUGACUUGGUACAAGGCAGUUUCCUGUUCCUAAUAAAAAAGUCUCUCUCUGCCAAUUGAUACUAUCUUUGGGCCAGCAUAUACAAACAGGGGCCACUAAAAUGUGUGAUUUCCCAGAUGUUCUUCAUCCCCAAACUGGCUCUCACCUUGUUGCUGAGCUACAACUCCUGUCAGAUACAGCAAGCAUGGACUAUGGCCAGAGAUGAUAAGAGUUGUAGUUCAGCAACAUCAGGAUGGCCAAAGGCUGCAAACACCUUUUACUAACUACCUUACUACCUGACAAUGCUCUUUGCCUUGUCUGAAGCUCCACGUUGAUGGUUUUUUAAAGGAGUAGUAUUUCAACCAUACUUUUGGACACGAUAACACUCCCUCCCCCCAAGGGUAUAUUUUUGCAGGUUUUCUUGUAAGCAGGUUUCAACAGUGUAUUCCAGGCAUCCCCAAACUUCUGCCCUCCAGAUGUUUUGGACUACAAUUCCCAUCUUCCCCGAUCACUGGUCCUGUUAGCUAGGGAUCAUGGGAGUUGUAGGCCAAAACAUCUGGAGGGCCGCAGUUUGGGGAUGCCUGGUGUAUUCAGUGCAUUCAUGGAUGUAAACAGUUGUUUAGCUAUGCACACUAAGGAGAAGCCUUCUCUAACCUGCUUUUGUUGAAUGCAAGAGAUAAUGGGAGUUGUAGUCCAAAAUACCUUAGGGGCACACCAGG